AUGUCUGGACGCCAGAUUUAUUUAUCUAUUUUAAAAAAAUAUUUGAGUGGUUCAGACAAAAGAAAAAGACUUGCGAUCCAAAAAGAAAAAAUUAACAAAUUGCCUAAGCUUACUUCAUUUUUUACACUCGAGGAAACUAACAGGCAGAAUGAGUUUUCGACCUCGUUAUAUCUAACCUCUAAAUUUGAAAGUCCAGAAAUUGGACCCACUUUUAAUGAUACAACUAGUGUUUUGAGUUCAUCAACUCCAAAUUUUACUACAAAUACACAUAUUAUAGAAAAUAUAUCUCACGACCCUGGUACUUACUGUGAUGAUAUUUUAACUGAAGAAAAACGCGAUAUUUGGAUACUCAAAGGACCAGAGUUUUUCCAGAAUAAAAAUAGUGACUUCUCCGAAACUUUUACAAGUUUUUCAGAUGUAAGUGGUAAAACAAAAACUAGAAGCUUGACUAGAAAUGUUUUCACCCGCAAAUUGACGAAUGGAGAGUGUGUAGAAAGAAGCAACAGUUUGAGUUCUUCUAAUGGAUACAAAGAUUGGAAACAUAUUAGUAACUUUUUAAUGGAGCAUGAGAAUAGUUCACUACACAAGCAAUCAAUGAUGAAGUAUGUCUCAAGAAGCAAAACUAUUGCUCGAGUGGAUAAUGGAUUGAUUUCUCAAUACAAUGCUGAAAUCAAUUAUUGGAAGAAUGUACUCAAAAGGAUUGUUGCUGUGGUAAAGUUUUUGGCUUCAAGGGGACUUGGAUUUCGUGGUGAUAAUGAAAUGUUGGGAUCUCAAAAUAACGGUAAUUAUUUGGGAUGCUUAGAAUUAAUAAGCGAAUUUGACCCUUUUCUAGCUGAUCAUAUACAAAACUACGGAAGUCGUGGAAAAGGAAGUACAUCAUAUUUGUCUGCAAAUAUUUGCAACGAAUUUAUUAAUAUAAUGGGGGAAAAAGUGUUAACAACAAUUAUUAGUGAAAUAAAAGCACCAAAAUACUAUUCAAUAAGCGUCGAUUCCACUCCAGAUCUAUCUCAUGUGGACCAACUCACUUUUAUUGUACGGUUUGUUAAAGACGGAAAGCCUAUUGAGAGAUUUUUGAAAUUUUUGCCUAUCGAAGAGCAUAAAGCGCAAUAUAUAGCAGAUACGGUUUUAAACUUUUUGGAAGACCAUAAAAUUCCAAUAAAAAAUUGUCGUGGGCAGAGUUACGACAACGCAGCAAAUAUGGCAGGAAAGUAUUCUGGGCUACAGGCAAGAAUUAAAGAGCAAUGUAAAUUUGCAAUUUUCGUCCCGUGUGCAGCACAUUCAUUGAACCUGGUAGGGGUCCAAGCGGUUGGAUGUGUUUCAGAAGCAGUAUCAUACUUUCAAUUAGUCCAGAAAUUGUUCAAUUUUUUUUCAAGUUCAACCAAUCGAUGGAAGAUAUUAAAAGGAUGUUUAGGCGGACAAAAAGUUCUGAAAAACUUAUCUGAAACCAGAUGGUCGGCACGAGCUGAUGCUAUUAAUGCUUUGCACAAUGGUUAUAAUCAUAUUUUUGAAGCUUUAUUAUUAAUUGCUAAAAACACCGAUCAAUCAGCAGAAACGAAAAACGAGGCACAAAGUCUUGGCAAAAAAAUGGAAAAAUUGGAGACCGUUAUCCUAACUGAGACAUGGAAUGACCUUCUGGGAGCUAUAAAUAAAACAAGCUUAAGUUUACAGAAUAAUACUAUAACAAUGGACGUUGCAACAAAACUGUUUGCAUCACUUAGCGAGUAUAUUAGUAAUGCACGCAAUAAUUUUGAUCAGUAUGAAUCGGCCGCCAAAGAAAUUAAUCCAAAUUCUGACUAUAAAGAUAAAUUUCAAAGAAUAAGAAUUCGAAGCACACGUAUUACUUUUUUGGAAAAUCCAUCAGAGACUGUGCAGUUGAGUGGUAAAGAAAAAUUUUAUGUAGAAACGUUCCUUCCCAUAAUCGACACGCUAAAUACACAUUUAAUGCAACGAUCGGAAUCGUACAAAGAAAUUAAUGAACGUUUUAGUUUUUUUACUCAGUUACGAACAAUUGAACCUAAUCAUUUGAAAAAAAAAUGCAAAGAAUUGGCAGAUUUCUAUUGUGAAGACCUAAACACUAAUGAGUUAAAUUCAGAAUGUUUUCAUUUAAGGGAAUACUUGAAAACCUUCAAAAAUGAAUCCAUGGACUUAAGUAUCUUAGACAUACAUUCUUUAAUAAAAGCAGACAAAUUAGCAGAAACAUUCCCAAACGUGGAAGUUGCCACAAGGAUUUUCCUUUGCCUCAUGAUCACCAAUUGCAAAAGUGAUCUUCUUCAAAAACUAGACUUCGAAGAUAUAAUUGAAGAUUUUGCACAUCAGAAAUCUCGAAAAAAGCCGUUGCUUACUUAA